GCCUGCGCAGUGCGCGGCUCUGGCUACGCCGGGUUUUUAGCGGCGGCGGAUCAGCUGACUCCCUGCAUUGCAGAUCGGCGGCGUCAAGUGGAGCCAUGUUCUACGCUCUGCUCUUCUUGCCCACCCUCCUGGGCGCGGCUCUGGCUGGCCCUGUGUUUAAAAAGGAAGAAUGUGCAAAGGGUCCCGAGGUCUGGUGCCGGGAUUUGCAGACGGCGGCUGAGUGUGGGGCUGUCCAACAUUGCCGCCAGGCUGUUUGGAGCAAGCCCACCGUGAAAUCUAUGCCCUGUGAAGCAUGUAAGAAGGUGGUUAUAAUGGUGGGGGACUUGUUGAAACAAAAUGGCACCGAGGCUGAAAUUGAGAGUUACCUGGAGAAGGAGUGUGAGAUGCUUCCUCAAGAGGAUUGGGUAUCCAAGUGCAAAGAGAUAGUGGAGUCCUACCUCCCAGUUAUCAUCAAUGCAAUUGAAGGGGAAAUGAGCAAUCCUGAGGAGGUGUGUAGCACCCUCAUGUUUUGCCGGUCCCUUCAGAGACAUCUGGCUACCCUGAGUCAGCAUCAGAAGGAACUGGAAUCCAACUCGAUCUCUGAAGUGGACAUUCCCAAAUUGGUGGCUCCCUUCAUGGCCAAUGUUCCCCUCCUCCUUUACCCUCAGGGACAGACCCAGAAAAAGCCCUCUCAGCCAAAGGCUGGAGAGGAUGUGUGCCAAGACUGUGUUCAUUUAGUGACAGAUGUGCAGAAUGCUAUAAAGAACAACUCCACCUUCGUCGAAUCGUUAGUGGAUCAUCUCAAGGAAGAGUGUGAUCGCCUUGGGCCAGGUGUAUCUGACAUGUGCAAGUCCUAUAUCAGCCAGUAUUCUGACAUUGCUGUCCAAAUGGUGAUGCACACGCAACCCAAGGAGAUCUGUGAAUAUGCUGGGUUCUGUGCAGGGAAGGAGAUACCUCUGCAGGCCCUGGUCCCAGCUCACGUGGCCACCAAAGUGAUCCCUGCACUGGAGCUGGUGGAGCCAAUCAAGAAGAACGUGGUUCAGAUGAAGGCUGGUCCCACUUGUGAGCUGUGCCAAUAUGUUAUCAAAGAGAUCAUCAAAUUGCUGGAGGGCAACAAGAGUAAGGAGGAUAUGGUUCAUGCUGUCGAGAAAGUGUGCUCUGUGAUCCCCAAGUCCAUGGCUCAGGAAUGCCGAGACCUGGUGGAGUCUUAUGGCCCGGCCAUCGUGGAUCUGCUCCUGGAUGAGACAAGCCCUCACUUGGUUUGCAGCCUGCUUAACCUUUGUCGGAACAAAAAGUCAGUUAACGUGGCCAGGCUUAAGAGUGGAGUCUUCUGUGAGGUGUGCAAAAAGGUGGAUGGGUAUUUGGACCGGAACCUGGAUAAGAACAGCACAAAGGCCAUGAUUCUUGCUGCCUUUGAGAAGGCUUGUAGCAUGUUGCCAGGAAUUUACAAAGAUGAGUGUGAUGAGUUUGUGGAACAGUAUGAGCCCAUCUUGAUAGCAGCCCUGCAUGAUGAGAUGAAUCCUGAUUCUCUGUGUCUGAAAAUUGGAGCUUGCCCCAAAGCUCCUCCUAAGCCUCUGCUGGGAACGGAGCAAUGUGUCUGGGGCCCAAGCUACUGGUGUAAGAACCUGGAGACAGCCACUCAGUGCAACGCUGUUGAGCACUGCAAGCGCCAUGUGUGGAAUUAGAGUCCUUCUCUCUUGGAGAAAUUGCAACUUCUUUCCUAUUUGUGUGUCUGGGGAAGGGAACAUACAGAUCUGAAUUUUUUUUCUGUUUUUAAAUGAGCCCCACGUCCUCUUCCUCCAUCCCAUCACUGUUCUGUUCCCUUUGUCCAUCAUUGCCGUGGGUCUGAAAGGCGCCAUACUUGGCCAUGUUGUCGUGCUUCCCCUGCCUCUGCUAUUUGAAUGACGUGCCAUGAAUGCAUCUCAGACUGGGUGGGAUGGUGGGAGCCUGUGGAUAGGGAUGACAGAAGAAGCUGGGGCGGACUCCAUCCUCCAACAACCACUGAUGGCCUCAUCUGGGUUUUCAACAUCUAAUUGGUUAGUUGUGUUUAGAACCAUCCUGGGCUGAGGCUGUCAGAGCUCCUGGCCCUGUUCCAGCUUGAUCCCCUUAGCCUAUUGGCUGCCAUAUUAGUGGCAGCAGAAAGUUGUGGCUUUGUGCAGGAAUUAUUCAGAGCCUUCCUGGUUUUUUGAACUGGUUUUCCCACCAUGUGGAAGAGCCCCAGUCUCCUUAUUGGAAGAAGCUGCUUUUGGCUUAGAAUGAGAGAGGCAAGGCUUUGGUUUGUCCUAGCUGGAUGGAGGUGGUCCAGCUCUUAGUCUGUUUUCUUUGAAGACCCCCAUCCUUAGGUUGUAGCUUUCUUCUGUUUUCUCUUUCUUUGUGAUACUUUUCUUGAGCCUUCGCUUUUUGAAGUGGAUUUGGGGAAGUGGGAUAGAGCUGAGUCAGGGUGGGCUGCUCUUUGGGGUGUGUCUGGGGGUGGGGGGAGAGAUUCUGUGACUUGUUUCUUCUGAGGCCCUGACUUGGUCAGUGACCGUAGCAGUGCUUGCCUAGUCCAAGGCCAAGGGGCCCGGAGAAGACUUUCUAGGGGAGUCUUUGUGUGAGUGUUGUGUUUUAUACACAAUGCAGCUUGGGGUCCCUUCUUAGAGGUUAUUUCUUAAUUAUAUUUUUUAAAUUAACAUGGGUGACAAAAUUUGCUUUUCUUGCUUCCUAGUAGAAAUGUGGCCGACGCACCAGAGUGCAAGUUUUUCCCUUGUUACCAAAUGUAGGCUGGGCCUCAGUUUCUCCUCUUGUGACAGCAGCUUCAGCUUUGCCUUGGGUGUUCAGGGAGGCAAUAUGGGUUGUUGCUAUUAAGUGGACUAAAUGUGGUGAUUUUUGUUUUGUUCUGGUUUUGCCUUAAAAACUUUCUGUAAUUAACAAUAAAAGUUCCAGUGAACUAAA